GGAUAGUCUUCUCCAUCGGAGGAACGUCUUCACGUCGUCUCCAUCCACUGACAGAAUGAUCUCCAUCCUCUGGACUUAAAUUAUCCUCAUCCACUGGACUUAGAUGAUCUCCAUCCAUUGGAGUUUGAUGCUCCCCAUCCUCUGGACUUAAAUGCUUCCCAUCCCCUGAAGUUUAAUGAUCUCCAUCCUCUGGAAUCAGACGGAUAUUUCGUUGUUGGCUACAACUCUCUCCCGAGGCAUUGGUUUUACCCUUUCCAAGCCUCCUGGCUGAAGCCAAACUGGAGCUCCCUCAUUUGCUGCAGCUCCAUGUUGAACCCUCACAUCGGACCGGAGCUCCAGACCCACGUGAGAUAGACGGUCGACGGUCUCUUGAGCAGAAAGGGACCCGGGACCGCCAUGGAGGGCUACAUGCUGGAGAAACCUUCUAUAUGGAGCUCUCAUGGAGGUCAAUAACAAAGACAAAAGGCUGCCAUCUUCCAGCCGUGCCAAGCUUGGAGAACCUGAGCUCUUCUUCUCUUGGUUGGCGGUGUGAGCCGGAUGUACCGGAGGAGGCCGAUGUCCUUCCAGUAAUGAGGUUUGUUGAGGACUUUGGAGGACCAGCCGGUGAGAAGAUCGGAGCUGAAGAACUUUCUAUCCUGAGACGUCCCACCAUGUAGAACGAUGUGAAUUUGCCAAUGACUCCCAUUUCCCGGUAGUGUGUGUUGGCUGCCAAGGUGUAGCUCUGCCAAUACUCAAUCCCGUCCCGUCCACCACUGAUAACCCGCCAUCCAUCGUCUCCUGACUGGGCCGGUGAAAUUGGUUAUAUAGACGAUGCCCUCCCCCAGCUGACUGUUUUUUUUUCAUGCUGGUGCGAAAUUUCCAUUAAAUGGAACCGCUUAAAUAUUUAUAAUCCUGUUUGUGAAGUGAGAAUGCGAUGACUCUCUCCUCGUAAACACCCACCGAGGGUUAAAUCCACAUCUCCCCCCCCACCGGGGAUUGUGCGCUGAAGAUGUGACCAGACACCGGAGGUUUGAUGUGAACCCCCCUCCCUGUAAUGCUGGAUUGGGGGUCUCUUCUUCCUGAUGAACAUUCGAUCCUGGCCUCCUGCGUUUUCCACCCUCGCUAUGCCCUCCCCGUCAGAUUCCAGCUUUUCGCUGACCGGUCGGACGUCCCGCAGUCUGUCCCAGCUGAGGAUCCACCGGGCUUGGUCACAUGUCCUGCUGGCCUUGGGAUUCGUCCAGGUCAUCCUCGGGGUGCUGAUCGUCACGUUCAGUUUGGUCACGGCUUCUAUCACUCCAAAUCUGAAGAUCAAACAUUCGUGUCCUUCGUGGGCCGGAUUCUCCCUGGCUGUUUCAGGCCUCGUUGGCUGCAUCUCAUGGAAGAAGCCCUUCACACUGAUGGUCACAGUGUUCACCUUGUUGAGCGCCCUGAGUGUCAUGCUGUGCCUUGCGGGGUCUAUCCUGUCCUGCCAGAAUGGGCAGCUGGUGAAAUCCUUCAACUCCUGUAAGAAGGAGAACAAUUGGUGCAUCUGCUGCCAUCCCGCUAUCCACCCGGAGGCGCCAUCUGACUGUGGAGAGCUAGAGAAACUCACCCUGUAUCCCAAUCACCAAUGUGACAGCAUCCGCACUGCACUGAAGGAUCUCUUGUUUAGUGUUUGUGGCCUCACCAUCUUCUCCACCAUUAUCUGCACCCUCUCCGCUGUCAUCUGCUGCGUUCAGAUUUUCUCAUUGGAUGUCAUCCAUGUUCUGGCGCCCCACCGAUCCACAUCCAUCCACCUGGAGUGUUUUUCCCCCCAGGACACCAUCCUGCAGAGCAUGAUCGAAUGCGAAGAGUUCAUUCCUCCAGUGCCGCCUCCACCAUAUUACCCUCCAGAAUACACGUGCAGCUCCGAGACUGACGCACAGAGCAUCACGUACAAUGGCUCCAUGGAAAGCCCCAUCCCGCUCUACCCCACCGACUUCCCACCCUCCUAUGAAAGUGUUAUGGGGCUUCGGGAGGACAGCCAGGCCACUCUGUAUGAUGCCCAGGCCCACCAGAAUUCCAGCCACAGUGCGUUUGACCAGAGGGACUCCACUGGACACGACGGGAAUGUUUUUGCAGAGGACAGCAGCCCUUCGGAAGAUUCCGUCUUGUUGGAUGUCCAGGGUUCGGUGCGGUCCGUGGACUACAUCUUAUAUCGCUCCAUUCAGCGCAGCCGGGCGGACUACUGUCUGAGCGUGGACUGCGGUCAGCGUGGACACCACCAUCAGAGCCCCACCCUCAGCCUGCAGGGGCCAUUUGAGGAGAUGUCAGUUCCCCAGAUUAAAGGAGGACGCUCUUUCUCUUGUUCCACGCCCAGCUCUUGCCAGGACCCUCCGCCCACCGUAGGAAGUGGCACCACACAUAGCUGUAACCGGCUGGAGAGUAUGGGGACACUCGUCGGUCCGUGUUUCCCUGAGCUGCGAGUAAAAGGGAAAGUCCCUCGUGCACGAGAGCUAAGCCGAAGCUCAGGGUGUUCCCUCCACCACUCCUCUCCCUGCCAGACUCCGGACUGCCCCCACCGCCGAUACAGCGAGAACACGCGGCCUAAAGCACUGUGCACCAAUCAGGUGCCUCGAUUUGUAGUCCGUUCCCACAGCGACCCUGCUAUCUCCUCCAUGUUCCAGACAGAUUUCGGGGAUGUGGAUUAUAUGAAGGUUCUAGAAGAGGACAACCUCUCCUUCUCCUCUGUAGAUGCUGCAGCUCUGUGUGCCGCGGCCGGCCUACGCAGACCCCGCCGGCCAACCUCCCCCCUACUUCUGCGCACGGGUUCAGCUGGAAAGAAUCGCUUCCUGGUGACCCACCGGACGGUCCAGCGGCUUUCGAGAAGUGGCGCUUUGUCCCUCGGAGACCUGAAGGGAGGGCGGAACCCCCGGAUGCUCGUGGCCCGAUUCCUGAACCGAUCCCGGAGGAGCCUAAAGGAGGGCGGAGACAACACAAAGCAGCCUCUGAAGAGUCCACUCCCCCUGGACCCUGAAAGACGGCCCACCAGGACGCCCAUGCAGAGUUGCGGAGACCUCAGCUCCACCUCAUCUCUCCGCCGUCUUCUGUCCGGCGGUCGGCAAGAGAUCCGGCGUCCUCGCAGCCUGAACGAGACGCCAAAAGAGAGCGCAGUGUGAGGAGAGACGAAGGGACCACCUGGAGCCCGGCACAGCGAGAGGGGACACCACAAAAAAAAGUGACCACCCCCUGCAUCAGCCAAGUCUCCGCCUCCAACGCUCAGGUUCAGCUACAGAAGGGCCAACGUUCAGCUGUGGCACCUCCGCCCUGUGCGGGGCGCUCUACCAAGACACCGCCAACCGUCCACCGAUUUCAGAGUCACAAACGUGCUCCAGGUGCAUUCACAGCUGUGAUUGGUGCAUCGGCCUCCAAAAAAAAUGCUGGGCUCCUCCCAUCCAUCCGGUGCGUUUCCAUUCCCUCCCAUAUCUGGUCGGUGAGCGGUCAAUGCAUGUGAUUGCAUCUCAUAGAAGCCUGCGGGGCCCACGCCCAACACAUCCGAAAUGCAUGUCGGUGCCCUUGUGGUGCAUUGUGGGAAAACCCGCUGCAUGCCGGACUGCCCAUCGGUUUUAUACGCAUGUGACUCCACCCCCCUCCAUCCCCCCAGGAAAGCCGCUCUCUAGAGAUGCCCCUGCCAGGGGCAUUGUGGGGGGGCACUGAUAUAUCGGUCCGCAGGGGAGUGUCUGCACAGCCCGGCCAAUCACAUUCCAGCUGUCAUUUCUGAAACUUUUGAUUGGUUAUCAUGGGACGCUUCCUUCCAGUUACUAUAUGAGAAGCUCCGCCCCCGAGGAAACUGAUUUGCCCUUUUCAUCUGAUAGUUAUUGUUACUGAGCAUUCCUCGGCCAAUCGGUAGGAGGAAAUCGGGCGGAGGAUCAUCUUCCUGGCACUGGGGGAAGAUUUCCGGGACUAGCAGAUUUCGGCGACUCUUCAGACAGGACUGGAGGGUGUGGUUGGGGGCGGAGCAAAACGAGCGCAGAUUGCGGUGGGAAUUGGCGCUCCUCUGUGUAUAUUGACAAUAAAAGUUUCACAUUUAACAA